CCUCAUUCUUGUGUCACCAAGAACUCCACUCCACAAUUAGUUUAGACAUUGAUGUAUGGCUUUCCACUCCGUUUUCAAGCUGUUUUCAAGCUAUAUAUAACACCAAUAGAAUCUUCACAUUUCACAACAACUCAAUUCCAUUCAUAGUAUACACAAUUUUUUUCUCUUGAGUUCAAAACAAGCUUCAAAGGUUAUUAGUUAUUAGGUCAUAAAUUCAUAAUAACAUCAUGGGUAUUCGUCUACCAUUUGUUGUUCUUCAAGCAAAACAGAUAUUCAAGUCUACCUCGACGCCACAGUUCCAUAGUGAAUCGAAACAGUCCAACAAUGUUCCGAAGGGACAUAUAGCGGUCUACGUUGGAGAGUUGCAGAAGAAGCGUUUUGUUGUUCCAAUAUCAUACUUGAACCAUCCUACUUUUCUUGACUUGCUUAACAGAGUUGAAGAAGAGUUUGGAUAUAAUCAUCCUAUGGGUGGUCUUACGAUACCCUGCAAAGAAGAUGCUUUCAUCAAUAUUACCUCCCAACUACGUGCCUUGUGAAAGAUUGAUUCCUAUAUAAUACAUUAGAUUAGAAAAAAUAAAACGUACUAUGUAAUUGUGUAUAGACUACUAUGAUUCUCUUCAUUCUUUCGGUUUCACUUUCUUUUUUUCCCAUCUAUAUGGGUUUUUCAUUUUGACUUUGGUCUUCUAGACCAAUACAAAAUGAUGAUGUACUUUGAUGUAUAACUUUUUUUUGUCGAAUUAGUAAUUUGUUUUUGACAGAAGU